AUGGCCGUCCGAGUCGUGUACAAAAUAGUUUUGGAGGGAGCCCCAGGCAGCCGAAAUGCCACAGAUCGUAGCCGGAAUGCCACAGAUCGUAGCCGGAAUGCCACAGAUCGUAGCCGGAAUGCCACAGAUCGUAGCCGGAAUGCCACAGAUCGUAGCCGGAAUGCCACAGAUUUGUUCACCGAUUUCAUGAAAGGCCUUGAAAUGGAUGAAGAAGACGCGUCGUCAGCUACACGCAAUCGAAUGGACACACCAGACGGCCAACUACUGCUGUUCCUCUUUGGGAAUGUCGAGAAGAGUUUGCAA